CUUCAGGAUGUCGACGAUAGAUAUAUUGUGCAUAGAAAAAAAGACAGCGUCGUGUCAAUUGUGUAAUUUUCGGAAAAUUUUUCGCCCCACUCUAAUGCUGACUCGUCGUGGCGAAGCUACGCGAAACUCCUCCGUCGAUUUCGAUCGCUUUGGCGAAGGUAGGAGCGCUCAUAUAUAUAAGAAGUAAGCAGGUGCGUUUGGGUUUUAUUUACUCUUUUCAGCCUCUACCCUGAAAGAGCGUGCCUUUCCAAUCGCAGUGCGACAGAAUACAACGUUAUGAGAAGGACAAUUGGUAAAUACGUGUUCCCAGUGUGCGUUCUCGUCGCCUUCGUCAGCGGUUGCAGGCAAGUGACCGUCGAUAAGGUGACAGCUGCUUACGGCCUCUCCGAGGGUCCCCACUGGGACCAUCGUACCCAAAAGUUGUUCUUCGUUGACAUACAGAAUCAGUACAUCCGCCGGCUAGAUAUCGCAACGGGUGUUGUGACCAGUGCAUACAUAGCAAACGGGACCGUUGGAGUUGUCAUACCAGUGGACGACUCGAAUGAUGAACUUGUAGCAGGUGUGGGAAAAGAUCUUGUUCUCGUGAAGUGGAACGGAGACGAGGAUGAUUCGGAGCCGAAGGUCAAAAUGCUAUGCUCGCUCGAGCCUCCUCAGGCUGAGACAAGGAUCAACGAUGGCAAGGUGGACUCAACCGGAAGAUUUUGGCUCGGUACUAUGGGCAUCGAGGUCAAUGGAGUGGCGCCUCCCGAUCUAGGAUCGUUGUACCGCGUUGACGACAAUCUUAAACCUGAAAAGGAAAUAUCGCCCGUUACGAUAAGUAACGGAUUGGCGUGGAAUAGCAAAGAUGACACUUUCUAUUAUAUUGACUCACCUACGCGCCAAGUUGCGGCCUAUGAUUACGAUCCGAAUCUCGGGAAAAUAUCUAACAGGAGGAUUGUGUUUGAUCUUAACAACACUGAUCUCAAAGGGGUUCCCGAUGGAAUGACCAUAGAUACCGAUGGCAAUCUUUGGAUAGCACUAUUUGGCGGAUCUCAUGUCAUUCAGGUGGAUCCAAAAACAGGAGCAGUAAUGCGCAAAGUUAAGAUUCCGGCUGACAAUGUAACCAGCGUCACGUUCGGCGGUCCGCUUCUGGAUACUUUGUACGUGACCACGUCGGGCUAUAAUUUAACUGCGGAGCAACGAGAACUGACUCCUGACGCGGGUGCGGUAUUCGCGGUGAAAGGCUUAAAAACUCGCGGAACUCUCGCGAAUUCGUUCGUGAAAAUGGAUUAAGAAAGUAAAAUUGUUAAUAAAAGAUAGAUCUUAAGACACGUUUACACCUUGUGAAAAUUUAUGUGUAUUCAUAAAUUUUAUAUUGAAUAAAAAAUUUUAACACUGCUUAAA